AUGACUGCCGCUGCAAAAGCUCUGGAUCCUGCAUUUCAGGGAGUUGGUCAGAAAGCUGGGCUUGAAAUCUGGCGUAUUGAGAAUUUUCAGCCGGUUCCGUUGCCAAAGUCCGACUAUGGAAAAUUCUACAUGGGAGAUUCUUACGUUGUCUUAAAUACUUCACAUAGCAAGAGUGGCUCUUAUAUGUAUGACAUACACUUCUGGAUUGGGAAAGAUACCAGUCAGGAUGAAGCUGGAACAGCUGCUAUCAAAACUGUUGAGCUAGAUGCAGCGCUAGGAGGCCGUGCUGUGCAGCACAGGGAACUUCAAGGCCAUGAAACUGACAAAUUUUUGUCAUACUUUAAGCCUUGCAUUGUACCAUUGGAGGGUGGUGUUGCUUCUGGAUUCAAAAAACCAGAGGAAGAAGUGUUUGAAACACGGUUGUAUGUCUGCAAAGGAAAACGAGUUGUCAAAUUGAAGCAGGUUCCUUUUGCUCGGUCUUCACUGAAUCACGAUGAUGUAUUUAUCCUGGACACAGAGAAAAAGAUUUAUCAGUUCAAUGGUGCAAACUCUAAUAUUCAGGAAAGGGCCAAGGCGUUAGAAGUUAUCCAGUUCCUAAAGGAAAAGUAUCAUGAUGGGGUGUGCAAUGUUGCAAUUGUUGAUGAUGGGAAAUUGGAUACCGAGUCUGACUCCGGCGAGUUCUGGGUCCUGUUUGGUGGUUUUGCUCCAUUAGGUAAGAAGGUUAGCCAUGAAGAUGAUAUUAUUCCCGAGACUACUCCGGCUAAACUUUACAGCAUAACUAAUGAUAAGGCAACGCUCAUAGAAGGUGAACUAAAGAGAAGCCUCUUGGAAAACAACAAAUGCUUUAUACUAGACUGUGGUUCUGAGGUUUUUGUUUGGUUUGGACGGAUGACACAGGUAGAGGAGAGAAAAGCCGCCAAUCAAGUCGCCGAGGGCUUUGUUGAUAGCCUCAAUAGACCAAAAUCAACACGCAUAACCCGUCUCAGCCAAGGUUAUGAAACCAAUUCAUUCAAGUCCCACUUUGAAUCUUGGCCGGCUCCAUCUACAGCUCCUGGUGGUGAGGAUGGAAAAGGAAAAGUAUCUGCUUUGCUGAAGCAACAAAAAGUUGCUGUCAAGGCGGUGGUGGCUAAAACUGCUCCUGUACUAGAAAAAGUUCCUUUGCUUGAAGGCGGUGGAAAGAUGGAGGUAUGGCGCGUCAAUGAUGGUGCCAAGACGCUGCUGGAAAAAGAGUAUACUGGUAAAUUCUAUAGUGGAGACUGCUACAUUGUGCUUUAUACAUACCACUCAGGUGAGAGGAAAGAAGAUUUCUUUCUUUGCUGGUGGAUUGGAAAGGAUAGCGUUGAGGAGGACCGAAAGACGGCUUCCGAGUUGGCUAAUUCAACAUUUAACUCACUGAAGGGGAGGCCUGUUCAGGGUCGUAUAUUUGAAGGUAAAGAGCCACCACAAUUCAUUGCACUUUUUCAACCUAUAGUGGUCCUUAAGGGUGGUCUAAGCGCUGGUUACAAAAAGAGUAUAGAAGGCAAAGGCUUGAGUGAUGAAACAUACACAGAAGAUUCCGUUGCUCUGUUUCAGAUAGCUGGAACUUCUGUGCAGGAUAGUAAAGCACUGCAAGUUAACGCGGUGGCAACAUCGUUAAAUUCCACUGAGUGUUUCCUCCUGCAAUCUGGAUCUUCAACAAUUUUUACUUGGUACGGAACUCAAAGCUCUAAAGAACACCAGGAAUUGGCAGCGAAAGUUGCUGAAUCUUUAAAGCCGGGAGUUACUCGGAAACAUUGUAAAGAAGGAGCAGAGGUUUCUGCCUUCUGGUCUGCACUUGGGGAGAAAGAAAGUUAUUCCUCCACCAAAAAAGAACCUGAUGAGACUGUCAGGGAUCCCCACCUUUUCACUGUCUCUCUUAAUAAAGGAAAGCUUGAGGUUGAGGAAAUUUACAAUUUCUCUCAAGAUGAUCUCUUGACUGAAGAUAUUCUGGUACUAGACACACAUGCUGAAGUGUUUGUUUGGGUCGGUCAAUGUGUCGACACCAAAGAAAAACGAAGUGCAUUCGAAAUUGGACAGAAAUACAUUGACAGGGCAGUAUCUCUAGAGGGUUUGUCUCCAAAGGUUGCACUUUUCAAAGUUGGUGAAGGAAAUGAACCCUGCUUCUUCACUGUAUUCUUUUCGUGGGAUUCUCAUCGAGCUAUUCUGCUAGGAAACUCGUUCCAGAAGAAGGUGGCAUUGCUCUUUGGGACUACCACCCAUGCAGAGGCGCAGGAUAAAUCUGGUGAUGGAAGUCAAGGACCUAGGCAAAGAGCUGAAGCUUUAGCUGCCUUAACCACUGCAUUUAAUCCAUCAUCAGAAACCAAAACCUCAGCUCCAAAGCCUGCCAGCACAGGUCAGGGAUCGCAACGAGCAGCAGCUGUAGCUGCUCUCUCCUCUGUGCUUAUGGCAGAGAUAAAGACGCCCGACGGAUCCACUAGCAACACUCCUGCAGUAACCAGCCCUCCUUGUAAGUACCCACGUGCACAACUGAGGCAAAAAGGCCAACUGGAUCCUUCCGAAGUACCUGAUUCUCAAGAGAUAGCUGUAGCCGAGACAGGCGAAAACAAUGGGGAUGAUUCGGAACACAACCCCGGUGAGGAUGUGGGUGAAAAAUGUACAUACAGUUACGAUCAACUGAAGUCCAAGUCCGAAAAUCCUGUAACCGAAAUCGACUUCAAACGUAGAGAGGCUUAUUUGUCCGCCGAGGAAUUCGAGACGGUGUUCGGGAUGACGAAAGAAGCAUUUUCCAAAAUGCCAAAGUGGAAGCAAGACUCUAAGAAGAAGGAAGUCGAUCUAUUCUAGAGCUUCAUGCAAUUAAAACAAGG